AUGAUUACUAUUAUACAUAAACUAGAAAUACAGAUUUGCAAGAAAAUAUCUUUUGUAUUAGUUUAUUUAUGCAGCGACAACACAGGUAGCAUUGCAGUCAUUUUCCUGGACCAAGAAGUUACUCGGAUUAUCGAGAAAACUUUGUUUGAUAUAGAAGUGGAUGCUAUUCAGGAAAAUACCGAGGGGAAAUUUCCAGCAGUUCUCAAGACAUUUGAGAAGAAAGUUUAUACCAUCACUCUAAACAUUACAGAGAACAAUCUCAAAAAAGGAUCAAUGGUGUAUGAGGCGGAUGAGAUUUUUGACAAAAUUGAAAGCAGUGCAAACUUUGAUCCAUCGACAAACACAGAUACUCAAAUGGUUGAGGCAGCAACUGUAGACCUGAAAGAUGACGACCUCAGCACACCAACAACUGGAAUUUCUUCUACAAAAACAAGGCCAAGGGUUGAUAUUGAGCCGGUGGCAUUUGAUCCAAAAGAAGAUACACCGGCCAAGCUCAACAAAAAGGAUAAGAAGAAAAAGGAGUAACUGCUUUGUACUGGACGUCAACAACUACUUUUGCCAAUGAAGAAGAAUUUGAAACUUCGGUCUCUGAUACAAUUCAGAGUUUCCAAGACUUUUGUUAUAAUUUCUCUGAAUCUAUGACUCUGUCUGUUUAAAUAUUCUAAACUGUGCUGAAUAUGUUUGUACUAUUUUUUGGCGUCCAGGAACCUAACUAUUUAAUCUACUCGGACUAUUAUUUUAUAUAAUUGCA